AUGAGCAAGAAGUUCAAGUCGCAGGCUUCCAGCGCCCGGGCUGCUUCUGCAUUUGCGUUCGGGGCCGCAUCCUCGCCUUCCUCCUCCUUUGGCAAUGCCUUCCAGACUGCGCCCUCCUCUCUCUCCUACAUCGCCGAAUUUCCUGACCUCAGUACCAUCAGUGACCCUAACGUAGUCGUUUCCCUGCGGAACCUAGGCAAGAAGGACAGCACCACCAAAUCAAAAGCCCUCCAGGAGUUACAGGAUCAUAUUUCCUCUUCUACGGCCAUCGAGCCAGGCCUGCUCGAGGCCUGGGUUAGCUUAUAUCCUCGAACCUCUAUAGACAAUUCUCGGAGAGUCCGUCAACUUGCCCAUGUCUUACAAGGCUCUGUGACUGCCGCUUCCGGAAAACGGAUUGCUCCUCACCUUCCCAGGGUCAUUGGAUCAUGGCUUUCGGCGGCAUAUGACAGUGAUAAGGCAGUGGCUCGGGCUGCUCAGGAAUCCAUUACAAUAUCCUUCCCGACUGACGAAAAGAGGAGGGCUUUGUGGAAAGUCUACAAGGAUGCACUUGUCGAGUAUGCCGAAGAUGCUAUUUUGACUCAAACCGCUCAAACCCUCAGUGAUGAACGCUCAACCAGCCUAGAUGAUGCCGAAACCAAGUUUGUCCGUGUAGUAAGCACAGCCAUGCACAUGCUCACCCAAACCAUCAGGGCCAAUCUUAAUCACGCAGCUCCGACGCCACAGAACUUGCGUCAGUUGGUCUGUAACAAGAAACUGUGGGACUAUGCUCAUCAUCACGAAUCCACAUUAAGGAAAGGGUUAUAUAGCUUGGUAACGCUCUCUAUCAGCAAAUUCACCUCUGACUUGGAUUGGAAUGUCAUCAGUGGAGCCUUCAUUGGCAAGGCUCUGCACACUUCGCAGUUGGGUUCCACAACGCAACUUUCAGAGGCAUUAUUCUCAUUAACAGGCGUGAGACCUCAGAUGUGGACCUCCGAUUACUCAGGCAAGACGACUCCAACUAAGAGAUUAAACCAGUAUCUACGCGGCGGUUCACAACAUGGAUCUGAUAAGUUCUGGGCCAAUACUGCUCUCCUUCUCCCGAUACUACCCCCCCAAGUUCUCUCGCCUAAUUCUGAGAAUGGAACUGUCAAUGUCCAAGAUGCCACAUUGAUACUAGAGUCCUUACGAGCUAGUUUGAGCAACGGCGAUGAACCCCGACACAAUUUGGAAAUUGCUUGGACCGCCUACAUGGAUAUUGCCUCCUGGUUCCUUGGCCAAUUGUCCCAGGUGGACUCGAAAGACCUUCUUUUCAAAGACAACCUCCUACUCUUGGUCCUUUAUUAUGUCUCCCCAGAUACUGACGAUACAACCUGGGCUCUUCCAGGUCCUUCUGGUCUCAAAAUGUCUUCUAGAGUUCUUUCAGUAGCUCUUCUACAUGGACUCGUCGAAGUUUUCCAGGUAACAUGGAGCGGCAUUGCCCAAGCGAUUGCAGAUGCCAUGAAGCUUUCACUUCCCGAGUCUUCUGCUGAUUUCAAAAAGUCACAAGAUUCCGUUGUGGCACAAUCACAACGCUUCUUGCGGCUGCGGGCCUUUGUACUGCGAGAUAGCCACCCUGACGACAGUAUCCAAUCGCAGGUUAUGGAAAUUCUUAGACAGACUGACGACUCCCUUCUCGUCAUCGCGACUCAGACACUCAAAGCUCGAAAUGGCAAACCAUAUGGUGCUGCCGCCUUCUUAGAAUCACUCACAGCCCAAACUAAACUUUCGGAGAGUACUAGUUUGGCUGAGUUUCUGGUAGAGGACGCUCAAACCCUAUUCGAUAGUCCCUCUGCUGAAUACCUCAUUGCAAUCGAGCUUCAAAGUGGAAGCAACCUUGCACAAGCAAUCUCCGUCUUGACCAGUCCCGACUUAACCGGCUACAAAGCGAAUGCAUUAGCACGGCUUCUAAGCCAGGGCUCAGACUCUGACUUAUCUCAACAUGGUGACCUCGCUCAAUUUGUUUCCCAGCAAGUGUCGCGUAACCUGGAUGAGGGACCGGUUCAAGUGAUCACCAAAGCUGUUCUUCAAAACUCCAAACUUAAAAACUCAGCUAUCUCGCGUUGUUGCUUUGAGCAAUUGCUGGGCCAAUUGAGCUCGGACACGGAUCCAAGGAUGCAGUAUUCCGUGCUCAAAUUCUUGUCAAGUCUAUUUACCCCAUCCGUUGUCUCUCUUCCAACAUUAUCCGAGGCACUCGGUAAAAACCUUCUUAUGAGCCUAUUAAUACUAUCUGAUUCACACGUUGCGGAGGUUGCCGAGCUCUCGGGUUUGCUUGCCUCAAGAAUCAAAUCGUUCCCUGCGGUCGGUGAUUCAUCAAUUGUUGUAUCUUCGAAUGAACUCAUCGCAGAGCAAUUAUCGGGCCACGGCACUCAUUUACCCAUACUUGCUCUUGUUGAUUCAGCUCAAGAGGAACUUGCGAAGGCGAAGCCAGGAGUACCCACUACGUAUUCGUCACUGCUCCCAUCAAAUGAACAAUGGUCGGCUGCCCUUGAACCACACCUCUCUGGAACGAGAGAUUUAUCUCUGGCAAUAACAAGCCCCCUUCAAGGUCUUGUUUUCCUACUCGAGCGUGAUUCGAAAAUACAACCCUUGACGCUCAGUAAAGAUGCCGAUGAAUUUUCCCUGCUGUUUCGGCUUACGUUGUACGUAAGCAAGCUAUUGUCAGUGACAACCAUCAGCACACACCUAUCCGGCGAUCAAAUGCACGCACUCUAUGCCAACUUUCCUCUUGCUAUUCAGCUGCUGAAUGAGAAAUUGACUCUUGAUUCAGCAAAUGAGCUCUGGUACAAUACUACCUUGGAGGUUGCAGAUGAGGCCGCGGCCGUACUUUCUCAGGGCUCAACCCUUCUCCAGGUCUGGUCACAAAAUGAGACCAUGGCUAGAAUAUGGUCCGACAUUAUUCGCUCUUCCAGUGAUUUUAAACCCCGUUCAUAUAUACAUGGCCUCGCAUUUGCAGAUGUCAUCUCCCGAUAUAUUGCUAGGCAUGACCAGAGAUCAGUGCUGGCGUCCUUCGAGAAGGACAUUGCCCGUAUUCAUCGAUCUCCUGACCUCGUCAAAUCUGUGAGCCUUCUUUCGGCCACUCACGAAUAUGUCAUCGGCUCGCAGCAAGGCAGAAAACUUCUGAAUGAGUUGAUUGUCCUCUGCACAGAGUUAAAGAGCUCCGACGAUCAUGCUUUGAUCAUGAGACGCCUGGUGCUCUUGAAUGCACUACUCGCUGGAAGUUCUGAUGCUUUGGACGUCAUUCCGAAUCAACGAGUGGUCUUUCUGAUGCAGGCAUUGGUUCGAUUGCUUGAUAGUCCUGCAAGUACGUUCGGCCUAAAAGCUGAGGUGGCCAAACUGCUCAGUCCAGUCCUAUCAGCAACGGCAGAGAUCUAUGGCGAUCAUUGGGAACGGAUCUUGGACUGGCUGUGUGAAGUCUGGCAGAAUGAGAAUGACCAGAAUAGUCUCCCUCUCCUUCAUGCAAGCUUACGCCUUUACGGGAGAUUAAGAACGCUCUCCAGCCUCGAAGAUGCAAGCGAAGAUAUCUCCGACGCCUGGACAUCGAAAAAGCCACAGUUGGAAGAUGGUCUCAAGCAAUGUCUAGAGAGCUUUUCGCAAUCAACUCCAGGCAUCAAUCAGCCCCGCCGAAUAACCGCUGAGUUGCUCAGAAGACAUAUCAUGGAGAUCUCUCCUUCCCAUGAUCCAAACUUGUACCUGCUUAUCACCUCCACCGAGGACGCCGUGCGUGGUGCAGCGUACGACCUUUUGCACCGGUCGAUACCACCAGAGCAGGAAUCGAUCUCAUUAGAGCUUGCUUUGGAUCACAGGACAGUGCACUUGCCAACAGAUCUGAUGAAUAUACUAACCGACGGGCCGAACGCGUCAGUGCCGAACGCGUCAGUUCCUAACUCAAGCUCAAACACCAGUCAGCAAAGUUACCUCCUCGGUUGGCACCUCCUCUUUGACCACUUCACGACAGCAUCGUACAAGCUCCGAGAAGCAUACGGCACUGAUAUCAAGGCACAUGACAUCCUACCUGGGCUGCUCACGCUCAUUUGUGAUAUUUGUCGCAUCACCGGCGGCCGGCCGUUGGAUGUGUCGAAAUUCAACAUCCGAACCUUCGAGUUGAAUCCGGCAGAGACAGAAAAGAUGCAAGAUCAGCUGCUUGUGGUACAUCUCUACUACUGCUGCCUUCUUUACCUCCCCAGUCUCACGCGAAGCUGGUUCAUCGACCAGAAAAACCGCGUCAAGUCACCUCUGGAAGGAUGGACGCAAAGAUACUUCUCGUCCCUUCUAACCUCAGCAGCGAUCACAACAGUCACGGCAUGGGUAGCAAGCCAACCUCAAGGGGAAAGCGACGCCCCGAUCGUCGUCAAGUCAUCCACGAACGGGUCUGAAAUAAUAGCCUCAAUCACAGUUGACCCCGAAUCACCGCCAAUCUCACUAGCUAUCUCUCUGCCUAGCAGCUACCCUCUCGACUCACCGACUGUGUCCUCCCGCACACGCGUCGGCGUCUCUGAGAAGAACUGGCAAUCGUGGCUCCGGACGUUCCAGAUCAUCAUCUUCAGCACGGGGAGCAUCAUCGAGGGCUUGAUUGCGUUCCGGCGCAAUGUGCAAGGAGCGCUGAAGGGGCAGAGUGAAUGCGCCAUCUGCUACAGCAUUAUCGGCACGGACAUGCAGACGCCAAACAAGCGGUGUGGCACAUGCAGGAAUACCUUCCAUAGUGUUUGUUUGUUUCGAUGGUUCAAGAGCUCGAAUAGCUCGAGUUGUCCGCUGUGUCGUAACAAUUUCAACUAUGCCUAG